CGCCGCCAUCCGCCACUUCUUCCCCCUUUUGGGCGACGCCAACACGAAAAGAGCUUCCAUUUAUAAACACAAAAGGUUAAUAUAAAAACAAAGGCAGGCAGGCAGGCAAUGGAACAAAAACAUAUACUGUUAUCCGCUUUGGGUGUGGGUGUUGGGGUAGGGAUGGGUCUGGGUUUGGCUUCGGGUCAGACCAGAUGGACCGGAAGCGGUUCCACCUCUUCAACCGGCAUCACUUUGGAGAGGAUUGAGAAAGAAUUGCUUCGCCAGGUCGUUGAUGGCAGAGAAAGCCAAGUCACCUUCGAUCAGUUCCCUUACUAUCUCAGUGAGCAAACUCAAGCAUUGCUAACCAGUGCUGCCUAUGUCCACUUGAAACAUGCUGAUGUUUCUAAGUACACAAGGAACCUUUCCCCUGCUAGUCAAGCCAUAUUGCUCUCGGGUCCUGCAGAACUUUACCAGCAAAUGCUUGCCAAAGCUUUAGCUCAUUUCUUUGAAUCCAAGUUGCUUCUCUUGGACAUAACUGACUUCUCCUUAAAAAUUCAGAGUAAAUAUGGAAGUGGCCAAGAAUCCUCUUUCAAAAGAUCCACCUCAGAAUCAACACUCGAGCGCUUGUCUGGUCUAUUUGGUUCAUUUUCACUCCUUUCUCAGGAGGAGCCCAAAGGUACCUUGAGGCGGCAGAGCAGCGGUUUUGAUAUUGGAUCAAGGGGAACAGAAGGUCCUCCAAAGCUACGUCGAUAUGCAUCUGUAUCAGAUAAUAUUAAUAACCUUGCUUCUCAAUGCAGUCCAGCAAAUCCAGCUCCUCUGAGGCGAACAAGUAGUUUGUCUUUUGAUGAAAAGCUUCUUAUACAGGCUCUUUACAAGGUCUUGGUGUAUGUGUCAAAAGCCAGUCCCAUUGUGAUGUAUCUUAGGGAUGUUGACAACCUCUUGUCUAGAUCACAAAGGGUUUAUAAUUUGUUCGAAAAAAUGUUAAAGAAACUUCCUGGGAAGGUUUUGAUCCUCGGGUCACAAGUUGUCGAUCUGAGUAAUGAUGAGAGGGAAGUGGACGAGAGGUUAACCGACAUUUUCCCUUACAACAUUGAGAUCAGGCCUCCAGCAGAUGAAAAACAUCUUGUAAGCUGGAAAUCUCAACUGGAAAAGGACAUGAAGAUGAUCCAAGCUCAGGAUAAUAGAAAUCACAUCAUGGAGGUACUCUCGGCAAACGAUCUCGACUGUGAUGAUCUAGACUCAAUCUGUGUGGCAGACACAAUGGCCCUAAGUAAAUACAUUGAGGAGGUUGUCGUAUCCGCCAUUUCUUAUCAUUUGAUGAAUAAUAAGGACCCCGAAUACAGAAACGGAAAACUCGUGAUAUCAUCAAAAAGUUUGUCACAUGGACUGAGUAUAUUCCAGGAAGGAAAAUCCAUUGGCAAAGACACGUUAAAAGGGGAAACACAAAAGGAAAAACAUGAGGAAGCAAGAGCUACUUCUGCAGCUGUUAAGCCAGAACCAAAACCCAGCAGCACAAAUCCUGAAAAGAAGAGUGAAAAAACAGUUCCGGCAACAAAAACCGAGGGUGAAAAUUCUGCUCCAGCCUCAAAAGCUCCAGAAGUUCCUCCUGACAACGAAUUUGAAAAGCGUAUAAGACCAGAGGUCAUACCAGCAAAUGAGAUUGAUGUUACAUUUGCAGAUAUUGGUGCCUUAGAAGAGACCAAAGAGUCACUGCAGGAGCUGGUGAUGCUCCCUUUGAGAAGGCCAGACCUUUUCAAAGGUGGUCUCUUAAAGCCUUGCAGGGGAAUAUUGUUGUUUGGUCCUCCUGGUACUGGGAAGACAAUGUUAGCCAAGGCAAUUGCUAAAGAAGCUGGUGCAAGCUUCAUUAAUGUAUCCAUGUCCACUAUUACUUCUAAAUGGUUUGGUGAAGAUGAGAAGAAUGUCCGAGCUUUGUUCACAUUGGCAGCCAAAGUCUCUCCAACUAUUAUAUUUGUUGAUGAGGUUGAUAGCAUGUUAGGGCAGAGGACUAGAGUUGGAGAGCAUGAAGCCAUGCGGAAAAUAAAAAAUGAGUUUAUGGCUCACUGGGAUGGGCUCUUGACAAAGCAAGAUGAGCGCAUCCUAGUUCUUGCCGCAACCAACAGGCCAUUUGACCUUGAUGAAGCCAUAAUUAGGCGUCUUGAGCGAAGGAUCAUGGUGGGACUUCCUGGUGCAGAGAACCGGGAAAAGAUUUUUCGAACUCUUUUGGCAAAUGAACAAGUAGCAGAAGGUCUAAACUUCACCGAGUUAGCAUUGAUGACGGAAGGAUACACUGGAAGUGACCUUAAGAAUUUAUGCACAACGGCAGCUUAUCAACCAGUUAGAGAGUUAAUACGGCAAGAGAGAUUGAAGGAUCUGGAGAGAAAACAGAGAGCAGCUGAAGGGCAAAACACAGAUGGUAGUGCAGAAGAAAGAGUCGUUACCCUAAGGCCAUUAUCUAUGGAAGAUUUUAGGCAAGCAAAAAAUCAGGUGGCGGCUAGCUUUGCCUCCGAGGGAGCUGGAAUGAACGAGUUAAAACAGUGGAAUGAGUUGUACGGAGAAGGGGGUUCGAGAAAGAAGGAGCAAUUAACUUACUUCCUAUGAAGGGUUCAUUUUACAUUUACAGACAACACAGGAAGACUUUAAUUGAGGACCCAUGGUUUAAGUCACCAUCCAUCGACAACAAGGUGAAUACUGAAAUAUAGAACAAACACGAUGCAAAAGCAGAAGCCAACCUGAAAAUCUAUCCUUGUUAGUGGUGAAGUCCAGAUAGGAGACAUAAAAAUUUGUAAUAUGAUUUUAUAGUUUGCGAUGCAUGCGUUUAACACUAAAGAUAGAGAGUUUGUUGAGGGUAUUGGAGUGGUAAGUACUGAAUACCAUAAGCUUUUGGUUAUAUUCC